AAGUCUAGCCAAAUGAUUCAUACAAAGGAGAAAUCUUUCAAAUCUACAGAAUGUGAGAAAAGCUUUAGCUGGAAGUCUCAUCUACUAGAACACCACAAAAUACACACAGGUGAGAAACCAGACACAUGUACUGAGUGUGGCAAAUGUUUUACACAAAAGAAUCAUCUGAAAACUCAUGAAAGGAUUCACACAGGAGAAAAGCCUUUCACAUGUACAGAGUGUGGAAAAUGUUUUACACAAAUAAAUAAUCUGAAAAAUCAUGAAAGGAUUCACACAGGAGAAAAGCCAUUCACAUGUACAGAGUGUGGAAAAAGUUUUACAGAAAAGGGUGAUCUGAAAAAGCAUGAAAGGAUUCACCAUGGAGAAAAGCCUUUCACAUGUACAGAGUGUGGAAAAUGUUUUACACUAAUGCAUCAUCUGAAAACUCAUGAAAGGAUUCACACAGGAGAAAAGCCUUUCACAUGUACAGAGUGUGGGAAAUGUUUUACACUAAUGCAUAAUCUGAAAACUCAUGAAAGGAUUCACACAGGAGAAAAGCCUUUCACAUGUACAGAGUGUGGAAAAUGUUUUACACAAAUAAAUAAUCUGAAAAAUCAUGAAAGGAUUCACACAGGAGAAAAGCCAUUCACAUGUACAGAGUGUGGAAAAAGUUUUACAGAAAAGGGUGAUCUGAAAAAGCAUGAAAGGAUUCACACACGAGAAAAGCCUUUCACAUGUACAGAGUGUGGAAAACGUUUUACACAAAAGAGUAGUCUGAAAACUCAUGAAAGGAUUCACACAGGGGAAAAGCCUUUCACAUGUACAGAGUGUGGAAAAUGUUUUACAGAAAAGAGUAGUCUGAAAAACCAUGAAAGGAAUCACACAGGAGAAAAGCCUUUCACAUGUACAGAGUGUGGAAAAUGUUUUACACUAAUGCAUAAUCUGAAAACUCAUGAAAGGAUUCACACAGGAGAAAAGCCUUUCACAUGUACAGAGUGUGGGAAAUGUUUUACACUAAUGCAUAAUCUGAAAACUCAUGAAAGGAUUCACACAGGAGAAAAGCCUUUCACAUGUACAGAGUGUGGAAAACAUUUUACACAAAUGAUGAAUCUGAAACAUCAUGAGAGGAGUCACACAGGAGAAAAGCCUUUCACGUGUACAGAGUGUGGAAAAAGUUUUACACAGAUGGAUCAUCUGAAAACUCAUGAAAGUAUUCACAAAGGAGAAAAACGUUUACAUUGCAAUCUUGAUCCAGUAUUGUAUCUGGCACCAGAAACGUCUGACACAUGGGCAGUCAAUGAAGUAAUGGCUAAUUGUGGGUUUGCGCAGAGAACACUUAAUACAUCUGUUUGGAUACGUAAGGUUCCAAUGUGCCAAGCGUGCCGGGGUAAUCACCGUUAA